GUGCUGCAAUUCGUUGUUGAGUUAAGACAUAGGGGCCUUAAGAGCCUCAGCCUGAGUGUAUUGGAGUCGAGCUCUUCAGAUGCAGACGCAGCGGAAGCAGCAGCAGGCUGCAUUAGCCACUUGCUGCGGGUGUGGGGCCGCUCACCAGCAGCAGCAGCAGCAGCAGGAGCAGCAGCAGCAGCAGCAGAUGAGCCGCAGUCCUUGCUGCAAAUUGCUCUGAGGCAUUCUAUAGGGCCCCUGCGGCAGCAGAUUGCUGCUGCAGCAGGAACGUCUAAUGGUGAUACGACAGCAGCAGCAGCAGCAGCAGCAGCAGACACCGAAAGACUUGUACAUACAAUUAAUGCUGUUGCUGCUACCUGCUCCGCUGCGGUGCCGCUGCUGCUGCAGCAAACGCAUGCAGAUGUGGGGCUGCAGCAGCUGCUUGAGACUCUUGCUGCAGCAGUUGCUCUUCCCCGCACCCUCGGCCUGGUACACCAGCAGCAGCAGCAGCAGCAGCAGCAGCAAGAGCAGCAGCAGCAGCAGCAGGAGGUAGAUGAAGAAGAGAUUGCCAACGACUAUGCAGCAGCAGCAAUGCUAACCCGCAGAGCAAUUCGUUUCUUUUGUGAUAUGCGUUAUGAGAUUCAAGACGCCGAGCAGCAGCAGCAGCAGCAGCAGCAGCAAGAGCAGCCGGACAGGCAGCAGCAGCAGCAGCAGGGGGUGCAGCUUAACCCGCAGAGCAAGCAAGCACUGCUUCAGGUGUACAGACACCUCAGUGAGGAGGCGCUGCAGCAAAUUGAAAUCCCAGCAGCUGAUUUGGCUGGAGAAGCCUUAGAGGAGAUGCUAACCUUUAGAGAUGGGCUUCUGCUGCUGCUGGAGGACUGUGCCGGGCUCCUGGGUUUGGAGGUCUGCGCUCGGGUGACGGGGCGAAUGCAGCAGUUGCUGCAGCAGCACCAGCUGCAGCAGCAGCAGGUGGAGCAGCAGCAGCUGUCUGCUGCUGCUGCUGAGGAUUUGUUUGAGAGACCCCUUGAGAGUCUCUUCGUUGCCCUCGACUGCACCUUCCCUUACAACUCAACUGACGCUGCAGCAGAAGCUAUUCUUGCUGCUGCUAUUGCUGCAGUUCAAGCGGUCCUCACUCAGUCAGUCCCUCAGACGGAAGCAGCUGUUGCUUGUAGAGCUGCUGCCAUCCGCCUCCUUCGCAAGGCCCAUGAUUCGCUGCAGAACUGUCGCUGCCAGCAGCAGCAGCAGCAGCAGCAGGAGGUGCAGCAUCACGAACUGCAGCAGCAGAACUGCUGCGUAAUAAAGCAGCAGCAGCACUUGAAGACAUCUGCAGAUACUCCCGAGCGCCAAUUCACCCGCAGGCAAUCCAACAUCUUGCUGCAAGCCUAUUGGUUGGUGCUGGAGGCGGUUUGUUCGCUUGUGGGGCGGCUUGAAGACGGAAGCUUAAUGCUGGCUAUGCUGGAGAGCCUUUGCAGGCCUUCAAUUGCUGCUAUAGAGGAAGCACUUGCUGCUGGGCAGCAGCAGCUGCAGCAGCAGCAGCUGCAGAGUCUCUGCACCAAACUUGACUCCCUCGCCAUCGUCCUCAGAUGCGGGUUGCAGCCGGUGCACGUACACUCUACCUAUUUAUACGCAGCAGAGUGGAUGUCUGUCUCCUUUGGCGGCGAAAAUAUUGCAGUGCAGCAAACCCUCGCUGCUUUAAUUCAGGAGUUAGCCACUGCAGGCUUCAAAACCAUUCAGAAUAACGGAGGAGGCGAAGAGAGCGCUGAGAUGAUUGAAGAUUGCUUCGGCAUGCUGAGUCGCCUCUUAAGGCGCUGCCCCAACGUUGCUGCGUUUGUCCCUUCGGUUCUUAGACAAGUUAGCUAG